AUGCCAGUAUCACAUUUCUUACACGGCGCUCGGCCUCAGCGACUGAGGAAAUUGGCUUGCACAGGUGGCUAUUCACUUAUGUCCUGCUUUCUCACUCCGCUUCGAUCUUCCAUCGCCCCCAAGCGCGCGCGCGCGCACACACACACAUACACAUGCUGGCAUUCAAAUAUGUAUCAACUCGACCCAGACGUCGCCCUUUCUUGUGCUCUUCUUUUCGUCUGA